UCCAUGAAGUCUGAAGAGGAAACAUUUACGCGCCGAAAUAAUGGACAUCAAUUCUGGUUAGUAAGCUUUACUUGAACAUUAUAGGACACGUAUUUGCUCAGUGAAACGUUUAGAAAAUGUGGACGGUUCCUAAGCCAAAAUAUAGAAGAGGUUCGUGUGACGAGGGGGAGAUUGCUGUCAACAUUGGCGGAGUCCGAGUGGAGCUUUUCGGGGAUGUUUUGAACCGCUACCCGGAGAGCAGACUGGCGGAGUUGUUGAACUGCUCAACCCAGGAUCACGAAGUUAUCUCGUCGCUUUGUGAUGACUUCGAUCCGGACAGAAAAGAGUUUUACUUUGACCGAGAUCCUGAUGCCUUCAAGUGCAUCAUCGACGUCUACUACUUUGAUGAAAUCCACAUCAAACCCGGCAUCUGCCCCAUCUGUUUCAUCAAGGAGAUGGAGUUCUGGAAAAUAGACGCAAGCGUUUUGGAUGAAUGUUGUAAAAGUUACCUUAGUGAGAAGGAGGAGGAGCUGACAGAGAUUGCGAACAAAGUGAAAGCGAUUCUGGAGGAUCUGGAAGUGGAUCAGUGCAUUACGCGCACCCAGCGGUGCCAGAGGUUCCUGUGGAGACUGAUGGAGAAGCCGGGUUCCUCCCUUUCGGCGCGCGUCAUUGCCAUCGCAUCCUUCCUCUCUGUCCUGGUCUCCGCGGUGGUGAUGUGCGUGGGCACCAUCCCGGAGCUCCAGGUGACGGACGCAGAGGGAAAACUGAAAGAGCACCCGAUCCUGGAGGCAAUCGACACCGCCUGCAUGGUGUGGUUCACCGCGGAGUACUUACUGCGUCUUGCCUCCUCUCCGAACAAGUUACACUUUGCGCUCUCUUUCAUGAAUGUCAUAGACUUUUUGGCUAUCAUGCCUUUCUAUGUGGUCCUGUCUCUCACCUACCUCGGCACGACAUCCAUGAUGGAGCUGACGAAUGUCCAACAGGCUGUGCAGGCGCUCCGCAUCAUGCGUAUCGCGCGUAUUUUCAAGCUGGCGCGCCACUCCUCCGGGCUGCAGACUCUGACCUACGCACUCAAGACGAGUCUAAAAGAGCUGGGGCUGCUCCUCAUGUACAUGGGCAUAGGCAUCUUUGUGUUCUCAGCGCUGGCCUAUACCAUGGAGCAAAGCCACCCAGAGACGCUUUUCAGGAGCAUCCCGCAGUCUUUCUGGUGGGCCAUCAUCACCAUGACCACGGUGGGCUACGGAGACAUAUACCCCAAAACCACGCUCGGCAAGUGCAACGCAGCCGUGAGCUUUCUGUGCGGGGUGAUUGCCAUCGCCUUGCCCAUCCACCCCAUCAUAAAUAACUUUGUGGUCUUCUACAAUAAACAGAAAGUGUUGGAGACUGCGGCAAAGCACGAGUUGGAGCUGAUGGAGCUGAAGUCUGGGAGGGACGUGCGCAGAAAAAGCAGGAAUUAGUGGUUCCCAAUCUUUUUCCUUUUCUAUCACUGACAACCCCAGACUGAGUGACAUAUUUUAUGGAUAUUUCAUAUUAUAUUCACUGCAUAACAAUAACAGCACAGAACAACUGAUAAACUCUACAAUUAACCCAAAUAGUGAAUGCAAUAACUGCAGAACAACACGGGAUUUGGAUGGAUUUUGAACAGAUUAUUUCCUGUGAAUGUUGCAUCAGAGAUAAGUUUUCCUCUUAUUUUUAGGAACUUUUAAUACAAUUCUCUAUUCUGUUUUUCAACAAUCAUACAUACUUAUUUACAAGGUGAGUGUUUUAAUGCGUACUUUAGAAAAGAAAAGAGGGAAGGCUCUGUGAAUAUAGUUUGUGUAUAGGUCUUUAUCGUGCCCUUAUCCUGUUAAUAUCUUAAAUAAUAAUCCAAACUUAUAACUAAUAACUAUUUAAUUACAUUUUCAUCACAAAGAUGAAUGAAAUCCUGAGAUAUUGGCCAAAUGUAUAUAUUUAAAAAAAGUUGUCUUACACCCCUUAAAAUCAAGGAGGCCUCGCGACCCUCCAUGAAGCUUGGGAACCAGUUCAUUAGUAAAGACUGUUUUUUCCCGAAUCAGUAAAGACUUUUCCAAGAACUGUUUCUUUCCUGAAGUAAAAAAAGGAAUCUUAGUAGUGAAAAUUAAAACUCCACGUGUCCAAAUCUAAUGCACCAAAACACAUUUUAAAACAUCUAAAGUCAAAUUUAACUUACACAAUGUGUUAUGCAGAGACCUUGACAUUAAGACUUUUCAUGGUCCUGCACACACAUUGGGUCAGCUCCAUGCAGCGUUCUGUACAUAGCACCAUAACAAAGAUGUUGUCUGUUGUUUCUGCUGCUUUGACUGUGCCACGUGCUGCUUAUUCCAUGCUGCAGUUAUUUUGCCCAUAACUCUUGCUAUCGUGAAGGCUGUUGUUAUUAUAGAAUUAAAAGUUGUGCAUGAUAAAAACCUGUAAGUACACUUGUGCAUAGAGAUUCAUUAAAGGUGUAUCCUGCUAACACAUGUACAAGGUGGCACCCAUUCCAACAGUAAUGAUAAAAACAUUACAGAAUUAUUAUUUUUUUGGAGGAGAGUACAAAUCAAGUUGAUAUGUUGUAUAAUUAAGUUUCAGUGCUUUGGUGGCAAAUGUAUCAGAGAGGGACUUAGAUAGGAGCAGUGUGGGUGGAUUUAUAGCUGCUAUCAUUUUAAGUGCUAUAACAAUAAGUGCUUUAUUGGAAACAUUGGAUACUCUAAAAUAUGACUAAACUAAAUCAUAUAUUCCAGCCCCCAGAAAACGGGUGUUAAUCUCUUUAAUCAGACAAUAUUUACUGUGUAGAGGAAUAUGUUGUGUUACUUUGUGCUGUGUGUCUCGCAGACCCCACUGAUGGAUGUUUUACAGAUAGGAAGAAAUGGUGGGAACACAAGAAGAUUUCUUUCUUUUUAUUGUCCUCAUUUCUUAAUCUUUAGUCCAGGAAACAUUAACCACAUGUGACUACUGAACAGCUGCUGACCAUGCCAUCCUCCCCCAGAUACUAUGUGAAUAAAUAUUAUGUUUCAAUAUUUUAGCUCAGCUCCAAAGGUAAAGUGUGUGUGUGUCUUCUGAAUGUUCAUGCAUGCAUGCUUCCCUUCAAAUGAGUUUUAAAACACAUGAACACAAGACAUGUGCACUAACGUUCACCUUGCCAAAUUUUCACAAAUUACAUUUUCAAAUAUUUUUUAUAUAAAGAUAGUUAGUUUGAGUGUUGGAGUCAUUUAAAAGUCAAUAUAGAGGAGAUUGAGUACUUUUUGUUGAACAGUUUUUGUUUUGUUUUGUGUUGAACAGUGUUCAGAUUCUUUAAGUAAAAUAAGUAAUACUGCUAUAUCGAAAUACUCCAUUAGAAGUAAAAGUCCUGCAUUGAAAAUACGAGUAAAAAGUAUUAUUAGCAAAAUGUAUUUAAGCAUCAAAAGUAAAAGUAUUGAUAUACGAUGA